AUGCAGAAUCAGGGAACAGGGUUUGGACGUAACUCCCAUGUCCCAGCGGUCGAGGCGAAACCACUGACUUUUGCAUUCAGGCACCUCACAGCGGUAGAAAACCGCCUGCACUUACUUGAAUCCACACUUCGAAGGCUGUUUCCAACUGGCGAGAUGGAUGCCAUCACUCGUACCUUGCUCACUGAUGAGGUGCCAACAGAUCAGCCUCCUUCCGCCUCAGUCGGCCCCAUUAACCAAGUCUCUGUUGAUGACCCACUACCACCAGACCCUAUGACCUGGGAUGGUGUAUUCCCCAAUGACUCUUCACCACGAGAGACGGAGACGGAUCUUCGCAUGGGCGCUGAACUGCGAGAUCAAGCCUCACCAUUCAACUGUCUUUUGACUGGUUCACCUCACAAGCCUGAGUUGGUGGGAACUGGCGAUGAAGAAAACGAAUUGCUCGACAAUUACUUUUUGCAUUAUCAUACCCUUUACCCGAUUUUGCAUGAGGGCACGUUUAGAUUGGAGUACAAAGGCCAAAUCAAAGCGUCACCUCACUGGCAGAUCUUGGCAAGUACAGUCUUGGCCAUUGGAGCAUGGUUAACUGUCCCUGCUCGACAUGAUUUAGAUAAGAGAUAUUUUGCCAAAGCACAAAAUAUGGUUCAAAGGGUGUCUUUCGCAGAGAAAGGUGAUAUCACACUUGUGCAAAGCUUGGUCCUACUCGGUGAAUUUUCAAAGAAACAGGCAAGCCCUGAAGAGAGUGGGCAUUAUAUAGGAACUGCCGUUCGAAUGGCAGUUUUCCUCAACCUGCAUAUCAAACCCACAUCCCCCUAUUCAAGCGAAUUAGACAAGGAAAUUCGCAGGAGAGUGUGGUGGAGCGUUUACUGUGCCGAGAGUUGCUCCGCAAAAAUCUAUGGGCGACCACUGUUGCUGCCAGAGGAGAUGCUCAUUACUGUUGAGCCGGUCUCAAAUAUUCAUGAGAGCACUCUCCGAUCUUCCGCCACACUUUUCCCUGUACAAACUGACCAUCCAACCGUAUACACUGGCCUGAUACAACAAUCCAGCUAUCAUAGAAUGGCAAACAAAAUAUAUCGCCGUCUACUGUCAACUCCUUCGAUCACACCACAAAAUGUGCAUGAAGUCGACUCAAUGAUAGAUGCCUGGCAUAACGGGUCGUCGCUCUGUACACAAGUGAUAGAUCAUUCAUCCGCACCUGAAUGGCAUCUCGCAGCCUGUCGUCGCCAAAUACUAUGUGACCGAAGUCUUCGACAGCUCAUCCAUAGACCAUUACUUCUGAAGUGGUUGAAGAACAUGUCUAUGAACACCGGACCGCCAACAGAAAAACACCCCAAUGAAAUUCGCUGUCGGGCGAAUGGACUCAAUAUGGCUCGGACAACAAUCGGGAUAAUAUCAGAAUCUAUUGUCGACGGUGACUAUUCACCGUUAACACUCUCUUUCACAUUGUAUGCCUUCUUCCACGCUUUAAUCGUUCCUCUCAUACACCUAAAGGCAGAUCCCUCGUCUCCAGAGUCAAUAUCCUGCAUUCAAGACAUAAAAAAGGCGGAAUUGGCUCUUAACCACCUGUCGAUUGAACGGGACGAUCUGUCACAAUACUUCAUAGCUGUCUUGCGGCGCUUAUUCUUGGUGGCAUCUCAGACAAAUAGCGAGGAGAGCGGCCAAGGGAUCUUGAGUGAUGGUAAAAGAAUGGUAAAUCCCCACGAUGUGCAGUCAGUUCCGCAUGGUAUUUUUGGGAAUGAAUGCUUGGCUUUACUAGAUAACGAAGCUCUCAAAUCUGGAACUGGGCUUAAUUUCUCAGAAUGGGUCAACUCAUGA